AUGGAAGAGAUCAUGUCCAACAACGUUCAGCGCAAGGUUCUUCACGAGGAGGAAGUCAGUAAAAUUCAGGCUGAAGUUGACCGUUUUGACCAAACCAGAAAAAUACUGGACUGGGUCUCAGCCAAAGGAGAGGCUGCAUGCUACGAGUUACUGAUGAUUCUCGACAUCACAAGGAAGAGGACCUUAGGCGACGCUGACUUACAGCAAUGGAUCAGCUGCUUCCCCUUCGAGGAAGACCCAGAGAUGACAGACUACCUUGUUGAUACACAUGUGGAUUCAUCUGACUCUAAAAUUAAAAUGAAGAAUAAAAGAUGCAAGAAAGUUCGCCCUAAAAAGCUAAAGAGCUUCAUCCCCAUGGCCAAACAGGAAACAUCCCCGGCUGAGCUGCUAAAAACACAUGAGAAAAAAAUCCUCCUGGUUGGAAAACCUGGAAUUGGAAAAACAACAGUCGCCCAUCAAAUGUUGAACCUCUGGGCAGAGAAAGAUCACAGAGAACUAGAUUACCUGUUUUAUUUUGACGUGAGAGACAUUUCACACAGAAAACCCAUGAGCCUGGAGGACCUUCUCUUUAACAUGUACAGUGAGCCAAAAGGAAGCAAAGAAGAAGUGUUACAGGAUAUUAAGAAGAACUCUGAAAACGUUGUCAUCAUAUUUGAUGGAAUCACAGACCUCUCCUAUCUAUCGGUAGUAAAGAACCUUGUGGAGAAACUCCUCCCUGAUGCAAAGAUUGUGACCACAUGCAGACCAGAUCAAUCUGAAGACUUCCUGACAGACUGGCCCACAGACUGGUUCAGAGUGGAGGUCAAAGGGUUCAGUGAUGAAUCCAUCAGGACUUACUUAACACAGAUGCUGAGUGCUGAGCCUGACUCCUUGAGCAGUGUGUUAAACAACCUAGAGUUGUUCAGUCUGUGCCAUGUCCCAAUGUACGCACUGAUGGUGGUUGCCUGCAUUUAUUUCCCUACCUCAGAGGCUCCUAAACAGACAUGCACUAUAACUGAAAUGUAUAGCAACAUCCUCCGUCACUGCAUCCAAAAACACAGUGCCAAACGAUGUAAGGAUACCAACAAGUGUCUCAAAGAAAACAAAGAGAAAAUAUUGUCUUUGGCAGAAAUUGCUUUUGAUGCGACAAAUGAAAAAAACAUGAACUUGACAACACUGAGUUGUGAAGAAAGCAGUGUCCAUUUUGCAUUCUUGGGGGCACUUAUGGUUAAGGUUGCACCCACAGCGUCAGACACCUACUCAGCAUUUCUCCACUACACAAUGCAGGAGUUCUUUGGUGCCCUUUGGCUCUUACAGAAUCCAGACAAAAUCAGAGAGGUUCUACAGAAGUGCCAGACUGAAGAAUGGAAACACACAAAACACUUGAUUCCUUUCCUGUGUGGCCUUCUGAAUGAGAGGAAUAUUAGAUUGGUAAACGGUCUAGUUCCAGAUCAACAGAUCAAGAAGACGUCAGAAUGGUUCUUCAAGGAAGUGGUGAACACAUUUCUUCCAUCUCAAACAAACCAAGAUCAUGCAGAAGGUGGUGCUCCUGAGUUUGAGAUAGAUCUUCUGUUUUUGUGUCAGUGCUUGUAUGAAUAUCAGUCUACUGAUGCCUGUCAGCUUCUCCUGGACAAACUGGACUAUCAUCUAGACCUGAGUGGAGAACAUCUUGAUCCUCACCAGUGCUGUGCAGUCUCUUACGUGACCAGUCAGUCUGCAGAGAGAAAUGUUGGCUUGGACCUGGACAGCUGCACUGUGUCAGACCAAGGAGUAAGGCUGAUACUGGGCUCUCUGAAGAACGUCAGACAUCUUGGACCAUCCUCUGGUGAUUCAUCUGACCCCUCAAUGCUGUGUCAACUCUGGACAACUUUGCUGAGAAGUGAGGCAGAGAUGGACUUCACCAGCUUACUUGGUCUCUGUGGAAAUGAGUUGCACCUUCCAGUCCAGGGUGAAAGACGAGUGUUUGAGAGAGCAGAAGAAGUGAUGAAACAGAGUCUAGAGAGGGUUCGUCUCUGUCUACACUGGGGUCAGAGAACUGUUCUCAGUGAAGCUCUCAGCAAAACCAUUUUAAAGUGUCUAACAAAUAUCAACAAGCUCAGGUUUACCCCUCUACAGCAUCAGAGAGGAUCCCCUGAAAGACUGGAGACAGAAGAGAAAGCAGUCCUACUAGAUUUGUGUCUACAAGCAGCACUAGAUCACAGAGAUACAGUCCAGAGAACUGUGAACACACUGCUGUCAAUGUUCUCUGUGUAUCAAACUGAGAGAUAUGACAUCCUGCUGGAUCUGUACUCUCAUGUGAAGUACAAUAGGAAUCAAACAGCCAGGAGUGUCCUUCCAUCAUUGAACCCGCUUUACCAGCCAGCUCCUGCAGUCUGGUCCAUAGACCUCUCAGAGAGAAAGGCCUCCCUCCUCCUAGAAGUGCUGAAACUCCAACCAGAGAAGAAACCAGUAGAGCUGAAGGGCUGGUCAGAUGAAGAGAGUGAAGUGAGGAGUUUCCUUCAGUGUCUGCCCUACAUCUCACAGCUGAGUUUUACUCCACCACAGGAUCAGAGAAGAUCCCCUGAAGAGAGGAGAACGAGAGAGAAGACAUUACUACUGAAUCUGUGUCUUCAAGCAGCUCUCCAUGAAAGAGGAACCAUACAAACAACUGUAGAGAAAGUGUUGUCACUGUCUAAAGUAUAUCACAACCAGAAAUGUGAUUUCCUGCUGGAUCUGUACUCACAUGUGAAGGACUAUGAGACUCAAACAGGCAGGAGUGUCCUUCCAGCAUUACAGCCAGUUUACCAGUCAGCUCCUGCAGUCUGGUCCAUAGACCUCUCAGAGAGAAAGGCCUCCCUCCUCCUAGAAGUGCUGAAACUCCAACCAGAGAAGAAACCAGUAGAGCUGAAGGGCUGGUCAGAUGAAGAGAGUGAAGUGAGGAGUUUCCUUCAGUGUCUGCCCUACAUCUCACAGCUGAGGUUUCCUCCACUGAAGGAUAUUAUAGAGAGGAGAAAGAGAGAGAAGACAUUCCUACUGAAUCUGUGUCUUCAAGCAGCUCUCCAUGAGAGAGGAACCAUACAAACAACUGUAGAGAAAGUGUUGUCACUGUCUAAAGUAUAUCACAAUCAGAAAUGUGAUUUCCUGCUGGAUCUGUGCUCACAUGUGAAGGACUAUGAGACUCAAACAGGCAGGAGUUUCCUUCCAGCAUUACAGCCAGUUUACCAGUCAGCUCCUGCAGUCUGGUCCAUAGACCUCUCAGAGAGAAAGGCCUCCCUCCUCCUAGAAGUGCUGAAACUCCAACCAGAGAAGAAACCAGUAGAGCUGAAGGGCUGUUCAGAUGAAGAGAGUGAAGUGAGGAGUUUCCUUCAGUGUCUGUCCUACAUCUCACAGCUGAGGUUGUUUGUUUGUUAUGGUAAAGAGACCUGGCUUGUUCUGUCUAAACUCAGUGUUGCUGCAGCUGAGUUUGAUACAGAGACAGGAGAGAAUAUCUUAAAGACAUUAUCCUCCAUGUGCAGAUACAUAUAUGAUGAUGAUGAUGAUGGUGAUGAUCCAUUUAGAGAGAGUCAUUUCCUGUUGGAUCUGUACUCACAUGUGAAGGACUAUGAGACUCAAACAGGCAGGAGUUUCCUUCCAGCAUUACAGCCAGUUUACCAGUCAGCUCCUGCAGUCUGGUCCAUAGACCUCUCAGAGAGAAAGGCCUCCCUCCUCCUAGAAGUGCUGAAACUCCAACCAGAGAAGAAACCAGUAGAGCUGAAGGGCUGGUCAGAUGAAGAGAGUGAAGUGAGGAGUUUCCUUCAGUGUCUGCCCUACAUCUCACACCUGAGUUUCUAUCGAUGGAGGUCUGAUCCCUCAAAGCAGAUCAAGUUCCUGGUGGAUCUCCUGUCUCAAGCAGCAGAGUGGGAGGAGCAGACAGGAGAGAAGACACUGAACCUGGUAUCAUCAGUGUGGACUUACAGCACCUUCCCCUUCGGUGAUGAUGAUGAUGAUGGUGACGAUAAUAAGGAAUAUCAAUGUGAUUUCCUGCUGGAUCUGUACUCACAUGUGAAGGACUAUGAGACUCAAACAGGCAGGAGUUUCCUUCCAGCAUUACAGCCAGUUUACCAGUCAGCUCCUGCAGUCUGGUCCAUAGACCUCUCAAAGAGAAAGGCCUCCCUCCUCCUAGAAGUACUGAAACUCCAACCAGAGAAGAAACCAGUAGAGCUGAAGGGCUGGUCAGAUGAAGAGAGUGAAGUGAGGAGUUUCCUUCAGUGUCUUCCCUACAUCUCACAGCUGAGCUGUGAUGAUGACAGGUUCUUCCAGACUGUGUGUGAAUCCAUCCCUGUGAGGUCCAGAGAGGAGGACCAGCAGUUGGCCUCUCUCCUCCAGGCCUUGGGCUCCACCCUGUCACUGGGAGGAGAGUUACCCCGGAAAACCUGCAGGUCUGUGGGGAGAGUCCUGGGUCUCUGUGCCUCCAGAGUGGACCUCACUCUCACCCCCAGCAAGAUCUCUCUCAAAGGAGCCGCACUUCUUUUGAGACAUGAGUCAAAGCUCCACAAGCUCAGGCUGAGUGUGGGUAUGGCAGUGAAACUGUCCAGACUGGUUAGGAGGACAGAGAGAGGUGCUACUCCACUGACUGUCCCAGAACUCUCCCUGGUCCUAAAGAGCAGCCAUCUACCAGAGAGAGUGUUGCCCAGGGCUCUGAGUAGUGUGGCGUCCCUGCUGAGACUCUGGAGGGUUCAGUGUCUGGACCUGACUAACUUCCGGAUCCAGGUUCACUCUCUCAUCACACUGCUGUGUCACCAGGGACCUCUCUCUCUCAGACUGAACUCAGACACUCUGCAGCAGCUGACUGUAGUUGUGUCUGAAGCUCAGGACAAGGACUUGACUCAGUGGUUCCUGGAGAAGGUUGGUGGAGACCUGACCUCCUGCAGGCUGGACUGGGAAGUGCUUCUCUCUCUGCUGCAGCAUUCAACCCACAACAUCACUGUGGACCUCAGGAAGAACAGGCUUCUAGAGAAGAACAUAUCAGAUCUUCUCCCCUUUCUGGGAAGGGUUACUCUCAAGAGGUCCAGUUCCAGCUUUGUAAAGUCCUCCAUCAGACACAUCUAUGACAGUAGAGACAGUGACUGUGUGUCCAGUUUCUUGAGGUCUUCAGACCAUUGGAUCAACCUGAACAGCAGAGAGCUGGACAGAGUGGACUGUUCUGCUCUGUGUUUUACCCUGCAGCACAGCCACCAAGUCAAAGUCAACCUGCUGUGGACCUCCAUACCACCGGGGGAGAUAGAGAGCAUCCUGCCUCUUCUGGACAGAGUCUCCCAACUCAGUGUUGACAGGAAGUUACUGCUGAGUUUCCUCCAGUGCUGUGCUGCCUCUCAGAUCCAGCAGGGGGGACCAUCACCACCAACAGCAGUAUGGCUGCUCAGGUCUCUGCACUACAGGCUGGACUUCUCCUGCUCCUCCUCUGUGGACCUGUCAGCUCAGGACCCAGGAGAGGCUCUGUGUCUGACCACUGACCACUGCAGGGCCAUCAAGUCUGUUCUGAAGCAGAACCACCACAGCACCCAGCUGGUCCAGAACCAGGUCCAGCUCAUCCUAAGAGACUGUGAGGUGGAGGACAGAGCACUGAGGGAGCUGCUUCCCAUCCUGCAUAUUGUCAAGCUGAGUUACAGCAAAGCUCUGCUACUUCAGCUGCUGGACCUUGUGUGUGAGGGGAUUGAAGAGGGGCUGCUGAGGCACGCAGAGUCCCUGUGGAGAGCCCUGGAUGGGGAGCUGGACCUCAGUGAGACCAGGCUGGAUCAGAAGGCCUGUGGAUCUCUGGCCCUGGUUCUGGAACACUCAGAGGGUCUGUCAGAACUGGACCUCAGCCACUGUCAACUCACAGACCACCACCUACAGCCCCUGAUCACACACCUGCAUAAAGUACAAGUCCUGGACCUGAGCCACAAUGACAUCACUGAUGCUCUGACUGACAGAAUACUCCAACUGGUCUCUACCAACACUUCAAUACACACUGUACGACUCUUCAACAACAGAAUCCAGGACAGAAGACCCUUCCUGACAGACAAGAGGUUUAACAUCUGGUGAAACAACAUCAGGUCUUAGUCCAGGAAGAGAAGGCUGAAUCCAGGACAGAAGACCCUUCCUGACAGACAAGAGGUUUGAGAUCUGG